AUGUCUUCGUCUCGCUCCUCAUCAUCGUCUAUACCCGGCAACGAAUCACAGGCCGACAACGGUGCUCAAAACAACAUACCCCAGGAUGACGGAGGUUACGCGCCUUGUGGGCCUUAUCUAGAAAGUGUAGACCCCGACUAUUUGAAGCGUUUGGAGCAGGAAAAACAACGAGCAAACCCAAUGCUCGUGUUUGUGUUCCCCUUGAGAAGAGCAAGACCAGUGAAAAACAGAAAUAUGGCCAUUCGCCUGGCCGUCCCCGGCGCAGCUCGACGGACGGCGCUUUUUUCGGGCCGACGACGGCGAUGCUUCUCCAGCACGCGUGCUGCCAGCGCGGACUUCACUCAUGCGGUCAUCGGCGCUGGCGUUGUAGGACUCGCAGUCGCACGGCAAUUGGCGGCCAGAGAGGGCACGUCGACGAUACUGCUGGAACGGCAUGGCGCCGCAGGGACGGAGACGAGUAGUCGCAAUUCGGAGGUCAUCCACGCCGGCAUCUACUACCCGGCGGACUCGCUAAAGACGAAACUCUGCGUCCGAGGGCGCGAGAUGCUGUACGACCUCUGCGCGAAAAAAGGCAUUCCCCAUCGGAACACGAAAAAGUGGAUUGUGGCACAGAACGAGGAGCAGUGGGAGGUCUGUCUCAAGCUGCACGAGCAUGCGCAGUCGAUCGGCGUGCCGACGCGCUUUGUCGGCCGGGAAGAAGCGCAGCAACGGGAGCCCGAUGUGCGGGCGGAGGCGGGCAUUGUCGAGAGCGUGACGACCGGCAUUGUGGACAGCCAUUCGCUGAUGACGUUCUUGCAAGGCGACUUUGAAGAUCGGGGCGGCGAUUGCGCCUUUCAGACGGCGGUGACGAGGAUCGAGCCGCUGAAUGGUGGCCGAGAGGGAUAUCGGAUAUUUGCCCUGUCGCCGGACGGCUCAGAGGACUCGAUCACAGCAGACGUGCUGGUCAACAGCGCCGGUCACUCCGCCUGUCAUAUAAGCAACAUGGUCCUGCCGAAGGAGCGGCAUCGGACGCCGUACUACGCCAAGGGGACAUAUUUCUCCUACGCUGCGUCGCGGCCGCGGCCCAGUGUACUGGUUUACCCGGCCCCGGUGCCGGGCCAUGGCGGGCUGGGGACGCAUCUGACGCUGGAUCUGGCCGGACGGGUGCGAUUCGGACCGGACGUCGAGUGGAUCGACGACCCGUACGACCUGAAGCCGAGCCCAGCGCGGCUGCAGCAGGCGCUGCCGGAGAUCCAGGCGUAUCUCCCCGGCGUGGACGUGGACGCCAUCGCGCUGGAUUACUGCGGCGUGCGGCCGAAGCUGAGCCGGGGUGGCGCCAACACGAGCGGGAAGAGCUUCAAGGAUUUUGUCAUCCAGGAGGAGGAGGGCUUCCCGGGUUUUAUCAACCUGCUGGGCAUUGAGAGUCCGGGGUUGACGAGUUCGUUAGCGAUUGGGGAGAUGGUGGAGAGGUUGCUAUACGGUAGCACUUCAUGA